AUGGCUUGCGAGGGUGAUGAAUGGCGAACCAGUGCGUGUUGCGGGCUCCUUUCACCCCCAUCCAAAUUCCUCAGCCUGAUCCUAAACCACGGUCUCUCGGAACACUACGUGCUAGAAACUAGCCAUGGUAAAAACACUAUCAUUAUAGCCGGAGCCAACGGCUCGCUGGCCAUCCCUACCGUCGACCAUCUUCUCAAGACGUCGCCUACGUUGGUACUUACAGUUAGGGACGCCAGCGACAGCGAUGUCAACACCACCACAUUGCGUGGUGUAGUUGCCAGAUACCCACAGGCUAAGGUGUCCAUCAGGGAGCUCGACUUUGCCCGCCUCUCCGCUGUGCACGACUUCGCUCGUCAUGUCGCGGCUGAGAUCUCCGAGGGAUCUCUCCCCCGGCUAUCCAGCAUCGUGUGGACCGCCUACCACUGGAAUCUGGUCGGUCCGUUCCAGAUGACCGAGGACGGCCACGAGAAGACGAUACAAGUCACUUACCUUUCUCAUGUCGCACUGAUCCUUCGUUUGAUCGGAUGUUUCCGGCCCGAAGGUGGUCGCAUCGUCCUGUUCUCAAGUGACCCGAGCUGGAGCAUAUCGUCAAGCCCCGAGGAUGAUCCGGCUGUCGACGCCUUCGGCCACGGCCUCCAUCGACACGCCAACGCCAAGCUCGCCUCCGUAAUGUUCACACACGCCCUGAACCGCCGCUUGCAGCAGGACGACCAGCUGAAGAACAUCACCGUCGUGGUCAUGAACCCGGGACACCUGUCGGACUCGCGUGCCCUACGUGUAAACACGCCGCUCAAGCUGGUCAUGCUCUCGGUGGUGCUGCGGCCCUUUCCGGACCCGACGGCACGCGCCGUUGCCCAAUUCUCGGUGGAUGUAGCCCAUCUGGCGACCAAUGAGGCACUUCCCGGGGUGCGAGGGUACUUGGAACUCCUUAAACCAUACGAUGGCUCCAAGGAUAGCCAGGAUGAAAAGACACGAGAUGUUCUCUGGGCGAAGAGUGCCGAGUCGGUCGGCGUGACUGCGCAGGACACUGUGCUUGGGGCUUUAUCUAGAUAA